UGCAUAGUUCUUCGGGUCGCGCAAGGUUCAAUAACAAAGCAUAAAAAAAAAAUUAUAAAUGAAUAAAACAAAAAACAAGAACAACAUCAGUUGAGAAAUUAAUGGCGUGUGUGGUUAACGCAUUAACGUUAACCUAGCAGAUGAUUGAAAAAUAUUAAUUUGUACACGAUAAAAAGUGUUGAAAAAAAAGUGCAUUUUCGCUGAUUAAUAUUCAUUACGAAUGUUGUACAGGAAUUACGUUCAUUCAGGGUAAGAUACGAGUAAUUUAAACAAAGGCGAGUGUUAUCCUUUAUGCGUAAUUAAUUGUUCGCUUUGAUAUUUGCGAUAUGGGAGCGCGACUGAACAGCGCUGUAAAGUUUCCUGGAUAGUCAAGGACGCAGCACGCCCAGUUUCGGAAUUAAUUAUUGGUGUAGUUAUUUCCGGAUAGUUGUACCGUGGACUUUGAGUCAAAUAUUUUGUCAACUAUAACCUAAAUUAACGCAGAAGGAUUGACCCACGAACAUAUACUCAUGCGAACAUUCUUGUUCGCACAAUUUCGCUACGACGAUUUGCAGUCGUUCAAUUGGCAAUCUUUUCAUUAAAAGAGCGCUUGCGUGGGUUGUACGAUUUUGAUCAACAACGUUUGUCAGACACAGAUCGGUUCUAAUUUCUUGUGAAACAAUGUCUUGGGCAUUCUUGUGGGCUUGAAGAUAGCGCCCACACUCAUGGUCUAUGACAGACGAUAAUAUAUCAAUAGAAUACAGAAAUCAGUGAAUACCUUAAUAAAUGAUAUCUGUGAUCGAUUGAACUAUUUCAAAAUGCCGUGCUGCUGCAUAAGCCAAACGGUUCAACUAUGGCUUGCAAUUUCGACAAUAUGCGUCGCUCACGUCGGUGCCAACAUCUUGGUAUUCUCCAGCGCUGGAAAACACAAGAUCAAAAAUGAGUACCUUGACAUUCCAGCUAGAUUCGGCGGGCUUAUACCGCUUGACGGCGUUAAGGGCAUGGUCGUCUAUGCGGAACCCCCAACGGCAUGCGGUCCGAUUAUUUCGCCACCAAACAACACAAACAGUGAUGUUAAAUGGAUAGCGUUAAUAGCACGCUACAAUUGCACCUUUGAGGAAAAAAUUCGCACAGCGCAGAAGGCCGGUUACGGUGCAGUCAUAGUUCACAAUGUCAACAGUGACGACCUUGAGCCGAUGUCUGCACAAAAUCCAAGCGAUAUUAUCAUUCCUUCUGUGUUUGUUGGAGAGGACACGGGAAUGGAACUGAAAAGCUAUUACCUAUACGAUCGACAGUACUAUGUGCUCAUUAACGACGAUCUGCCUUUUAAUAUAAACACUCAUUUGUUAUUGCCUUUUGCAAUCGUUAUCGGAAUAUGCUUCCUAGUCAUGGUUAUAUUUAUGGUUAUAAAAUGUAUCAAGGACAGAAGACGACAGCAGAGACACAGACUGCCAAAAUCGAGUUUGAAGAAGAUUCCAACUCAUAAAUAUACUAAAGGGGAUCCCUACGAAACGUGCGCGAUUUGCCUAGAAGAUUAUGCCGAGGGUGAGAAGUUGAGAGUCCUACCGUGCGCUCACGCCUACCAUAUGAAUUGCAUCGAUCGUUGGUUAACGAAAAAUAGAAGAGUCUGUCCAGUUUGCAAGCGCAAAGUUUUUGCAGCGAACGAACACGUCAGCGACAGCGAAAACGACUCGGACGCUGACGAUACGACUCCUCUGAUUCGCGACGGUCACGAAGGUACUCAGGGUGGUACAUUUGCGCCGCAGAGAGGAAACCCUUUCGAUCGAGCAAAUCGUAGUCGAAAUAGACAAGAAUCCGAUGCCAGUAGCAGUUCGGACAGCAGUUUGGACAUCAGUUCAGUUUCAUCGCUACAUGUGAAUUCAACUUCCGACGAAGGAGAGAAUGGAAACAAUGGCGAAUCGUCGGCAAACCCGUUCUUGGUUUCAGAUACCCACAGUAUAAACGGAGAACCACCGGAGCGUGAGCGAUCUGCGAGCAGCACGAAACAUCAUACGGUAAACACGAACGUCUCAGAUACUACUCCGGUCGUACAAGUAACUCCGACAAGAUACGCAAGAAUUUUGGUCAAUCCGGUAGCUCCAAACUCAGGGCAUCCGAUAAUGGUGCCGACCAAUCCAUUGCCCAUACCAACAAUUCUAUCCGAUGAACACGGAGGUAACGAAUACGUUGCGUAGUUGGUUCUUGUUCCACAGGAUCGAUUGUACGAAUAACCUGUAAUGUAUGAAACAGAUGAAAAUUAAGAAAAAUAUAAACACAUAGAAUACUUGGGGUCAUGUCGCAUGAAACUUGGAGUAAUACAGAAAAAAAAAAAAAUCGGAAACUUGACACUUCCCUUUGUCGUAUCUCAACGAUAAGUUAACCACCUCUUUUUCUACAAUGUCAUUGAAAUGAAUCCAUUAUUAAUAAAGAAUCGUAUUUCUUAUUUCAUUGUUAUCAUAAAUAUCCGUUCGCGUCGUAUUGCGUUGAGAAUCCAAUGACAUAAAAGAGAUCAUUGUUCGCUAAAAAUAAUCCAAUAUCGAUUGACUCUGGUAGAAUAAAUAUAUCCGGUUGACUUAUCCCAUGUAGAUAAUUAUUAAUUACGCGAAUACUUUCAAGAUUCAGACGUUAUUGGAGGGACGGUAUAUAGGGAAAAAUGUAUUUUUUAAUUUUACGUGUCAUCAUUUAAUGCAGGAAAUAGGAUUAUAAGAUAUAGGAUUAUGAAAAAAAAAAAGAAAAAACCGAAAGAGUAUACACGUAUACGAUCAUCGAAUUAUUUUUCCCACGCAAAAAGAGCUUUAUCUGAUUCAAUUCAAGAAAAGCAAUCAUCGUUCUAUCACAAACUAUUCCAUAGUGGAAAUAAUAAAAUAUAUACAAAUAGCACGCGUAAAUAGGUCUACACGAAGGUUUUUGUUCGGGGGAGAAUAUAAUAAACUAAAGUAUACACAUGUCUUUUUUAUUUUAUCCAUCUAGAUAGACGAAAUAUUUUAAACUUUAAACACGCCAGUUCGUUUUUUUCUUUAUCGUUGAUACACGUUGUAAUUGAAAUUAAAAUAUAAUGUAACAAAGUAAAGCACUAUUUCAUUGCGCGGCUAUGCAUUUGUAAAAUUGAUAUAUAAUGAAAUUCUUUAUUGGAACAAGUUGUGUAAAUAGUUGAAAAUAAAAUUUAACAAUUUCCUAUAGGA